AUGAAGGUUGUCUCCAUCCUCGGCUUCGUCUCGCCCAUUGUGGCCGCUGCUCUUGGUCGAGCUGUGGCUCCGGCCGCCGACCAGGCCAACACCACCUUCGCUGAGCUUGAUGACAUCAAGGUUCUCUGUGGUGUUCCUGGCCCUGACAAUGAGCUCCCCGCUACGUCUUACAGCUACCCCAUUGGUCUGCUCCUCAGCGCCGCGGGCAAGAAAAUCCACGUCGACGCUGGCCCGGGCAACUGCAAGCAAGCAGCCUGCGGUGAAAGUAGCGGGGCAGGCGUUAUCGUCUGCAAUGAUCAGAAGAACGGUGUCGAUCUGUUGUACUCGGAUCUUGGCUUCUUUGCCCAGCAGGUCUACAACAAGUGCAAGCAUCGCCGCGACGACACUAACUACGUUGAGAACGGCCAGGCUUUCUGCCCCGAUGGCUGGAAUGUCAUUCUGACUGACAUCGGCCACGACUGCCACGCGUCAACUAUCCCACCCAAUUAAUCGAGUCCAAUGUCUCUCAAUCUGAUGGCGUUCGGGGAAUACUGCCGUUGAUAUGGAUUUUUUGGAGGUCGGCUUAGACCGACAAAUUUGAGUUGAUAGGAUUUGUCCUAUUUUGACCUGGACAUGGUACCUACUUUUUAGUUAGGGAAUGUCCCAGCACUGAAUAAAUUCACCUUGAGUUUCUGCACUUUACUAACUUAAUUGCUUUGUGAUGGCCCUUUUUUUGGCACGAUUGUAGAGAAUGAGAAGG